UGUUAAAGUUUCAUUUUGAGCAGCAUAAAUAGCCAGUACAGGGACAAAACGAAAGUGUUGACUACACAGCAGUGAAGCAAAGAUGAUGUUCCUCCUCCUGAUUGUUUUUUGUUUAUUCAAAGCCUCGGCUUCACUCAGUCUACACGGAGACACAACAGCUGAGUACGGCAGUGAUGCGCACUAUAGGUGCGCGCUGCCAAACUCCACAGGUGUGCAGCAGGUUACUUGGCAAAGGUUCGUCAAGGGGACAGUGGAGAACAUGGCAACAUACAGCGAGCGCUUUGGAAUAGACGUAAACACGCCCUACCGUGGAAAAGUGCUCGUUACGAAAGAGUCUUUCAGCCCUUCGGCGAUCAAACUGACGAAUCUCACAUGGGAGGAUGAGAGUUGUUUAGUCUGCGCCUUUAACAUCUUUCCUGGCGGCUCGAAAAGAAGUCAGAUUUGCCUCAAAGUGCAAGGUAGAUUGCU